ACCCGGUUCUGACGAGACCCCGGUCUGGCUCGCCGAGCGCCUGAUUGAGAUUUCAUGCUGCGUCUCUGUACUGGUGGGAUCAGCGCUCUGCGAUCGCUGGCAUUAAACGUUCAGAGAUAUUGCUGCUUCGGUCUGGCAGGAUACUUCGUGUUGACAGCUCCUGUUUUAUUUUUUGCUUUCUGUGCUCUACGGAUAUCUCUGGAUCCGGGCGCCAUGUUCCACUUGAGGAUUGAAACCACUCCCUAUCGGACUACCCCACGAGUAUUAAGAGACACCAGCCAUAGCUGAAGAUUGAACAAUGAGUUGGAGCUGUCAACGCAAACCGAAGAGACAACAACAACAGCAACAAUAACAACAACAGCAACAACUACAGACAAACAAAUAAGUUGGCCGUUGGAAUCCAAAGUAGAAGGCGCAGAACACUUCAGCGUCCAGCAACCAUGUCCUUCUAAUGUGUAGCUUCAAGCGAGUGAGCACGAUAGUCACCCCUGGAAGGAAGCAGAAAGAAUAGGCAACAUUAGAUGUUCUACAUAACCUCAACAAAUUAAUUCAUCAUAAAUAAUGAAACAAUUGCAGAUUAUUAUAAAUUAUAAAUAAUAAUGCAUAUUACGAUAAUAAGAUAUGUAUGUAUAUAUUUUUCAUUUGUAUUGUGAAUAAUAAUAAAUAAAUUAUAAUAAAUAAUAAAAUAUCGAUAAAAGUAUGUUAUAUACGCCACUUUUCAACCUGGAUCGCUUUUCAAACCUGAAGAUGACCUGUUGAAACAACAUUCUAGCGCCAUUUUGGAUUUGUUCUGAGUGCCUGUGAUUGGAGCAUAAUAUCUGACGUCCACCAUGUUGAUUUUCGGGGCUUACGAAGGUCAAAGGUUGACCUUGGAGGUCCCGGUCGGGAUGACGGUGAAGGCUCUGAAGGAGGACAUACAAGAGAGGCUGGGCAUCUCUGUGGACCAGUACAACUGAAGGAAGAAGUGAAGCCUGUGUUGUACAUCAAAUGUUCCCACAGUCAAGACACUAUCAGCAUCUAUGGAGACAUCACCAUUACACACAUGAAGCUGGAUGAGGUCCGGAGCAUGGCGUCGAUGAAGUCCGGCCUGCCAGUGGGCAUUUUCCGACUGACCACCACAGACGGCCAAGAGAUGUUCGACAGCUUUAGGCUAGAGGACUACAGUGUGGAUGUGGGACAUACCAUACUGCUGGAGAACUGGGAUGGCUGGAACGAGUUUCUCAACCUGGCUAUUAUGGGAUUUACUCCACAGGUGUUGUCACAAAUUGGCGGGGAGGAGAUUGUAGCGCGGUAUCAGACGAAAGUGGCGCUAUUUAUCGCUGCUCACUGCGGUCAUGUGGAUCUCGCGAGAGCCAUGCUGAGACAGGGCGCGCGCUGUGACGAGCCUACGGGGUACCAUCCUGCGCGGAUGUGGUGUAAGGAGGAUGGACACAUAGACAGUCUCAAAUGUCCAGUUCACGAAGCCACCCUCAACGGACAACUGGGAGUUCUGCGGCUGUUCGUCAACCAUGACAUCACCUGCCUCAAGGCGAAAGACGGCUUCGACCUUGAACCUCUGAACAUUGCUCUUCGGAAACAGAUAAAAAACUGCGCCUCCUUCCUGCUCACUAAACAAUGGAGCAAGGUGAACAUCACUAAGCACUUCGCUCUGCACCUCGCGACCUACACGCGCCUCAAGAAAUGGUGCGAAAGAGCAAAAGAACGGGCCCUUCUCAAGUACGGACAUUCGAAAAGUACAUUAAAACGGCGAAAUUUCCACACAGGGCCUCUCGUGAGCCACGGUAUUUUAGUCGACGGGUUUUCCCGAAGUCAGAUGACGGGAAAACCCAAAGCCUUGCUGCAAAAAGAGGAGAAAGAAAACAGAGAGAAGGAGAAGCGGAGACCUAAGUUCACGGUGCCGAUCGGAGAGGUCAUGGGAUCAACGGAAGAGCCCGAGUCUUACUUCAAGAACGUGAACGCGUCACAGAGCAUGAAGGCAUUGCAGGGUCAAGGCAGACUGCCACCCAAAUGGGGGAAACUUGUGCUGGGCUCCAGGGUGAAAGGUCAAGGUGAUGAGACGGCGAGGGAAACAGGAGAUGCCAAGAAAGCCGUGACUGUCAGGUCACCACUAGAGGGCGCCACGCCGGAACCAUCCAAGCCACACGCCCCGCCCUCUAACCCCGCCGAGGAAUCGGAAGCCUCGGAUGACGUCACCAGACUUCCGCCCAUCCUGAACCGUUUCCGCAAUCGCAUUCUGUCUCAGUCCCAGCCCAAUGUGGGCACAAGCCUCAACGCCAAAGACAACAAGCCGGAGCCCACUCCACGCGCCGCCAAAACAGACCGAGACAAACCGGACGGCACCAACAAUAAUAAAUCUGGGAUGUCGCGCUUGGUGAAGAGCAAAGGCGCCUUCUUCAUGUCAUCGUCCUCGAACCCCACCCAACAACAAGCUCGGGCCGGGGCGCUCCCUACACAACUCGGUGGCCUGUCUUCCGUGCAACAGUCCAGCCAACAAGCUCCAAUGUCCGAGCGAAGCGACAAGUCCAAAGUAGAGCCGAGUGUAAGCGUCAUGUCCGACAGAAGCGCGGAGACGGCGCGCUACAAGACCCAGACGGCAGCUUCGGUCACGUCCGCUUCCUCCAACACAGACGACGUCCAAACUGAGGAGGAAAAAAAGCAGACGAGAGGCAGGAAAAAGCGAAGAAACCGCGUCUCCAGCGCGCUUCUCUUGUCCAAAGCGAAAUCCAGCGAGGGCGCCAUACCCCUACCUCUCAUCAGCCACGAGCAGGACAGAAGGCCCUUCUUCUACCACCAGGGCAUGAGAGAAGACGACAUCGUGGACAGUACGCUGGACCUGGUAUCAAAAUACCGAGGGUACAGCUCCAGGGAGCGCGCCAUUAAGUCCCUGACCGUGGCCAACUCGUUCAGCGAUAAGCCGUGGCUGGGGCAGGUCCGUCUGGCUCUGAACCUCACCAGUAACUCCCUCAAGCGCAACGUACGCCGACUACAGCCUAAACAAAGGAACUUCGCCCACAAAUGAACAGACCAUACAACGGAACAUCGCCUUCAAAUGGACAGCCUAAACAAUGGAACUUCGCCUUCAAAUGAACAGCCUAAAUAAAGGAACUUCGCCAACAAACCUACAAAUGAACAGACUAUAACAACCCAAUUCAAAGAGCUGCAGAGUUGGUCGGCCCACCUCCCACAGAAAACUACAAUGUAGUCAUCCACCCUCGACGCUUAACGGCAACGGGGGAUGAAAAAGUAAUACUGGAAAUAACGUCAUGAACAGAUCUAGUCACCACCGGGCUAGUCUGUAAUCUAAGCAAUUAAAUGACGUGAACGCAAUGUUCCAAACAACUUAUGACGUCACUGUGGUGUUUUGAAAGACUAAUGAUGGCAAUGAGAUAUUUUCAUUAAACGUCGUGGGUUCUUAACCAAUAACGUUAUCAUGACGUCACAGAACAGAGAUUACAUUGGGAUGUUUUAGGCCAAAGACACCAUAAAAAUAGUUUUAAAAUUAUGAUGCCCUUGCAAUGCUUUGAAUGAAACUUCAGACUCCAUCAUUAAGCUUUAGAAUGAAUGGAGUCAUUUUAAAGAUUUGCAUAUCGCUGAACCUGACACAUUUUCGAGCUCCCAUCUGAGAAAUCGGUUGUGGCAGUGACAAUUAUACAAGCAACUGUCUGUGAUAAGAUUGUUAUACUCUUUUCCCAACAUUCAUUAACCAUCAUUAUACAUGUAUACACUUUAUUAAAAUACCUCUUUCAUAAAAACGA